AUGUUCUACAUAGGGAUAACAGUGGCAGUAAAGACAUUUCAAGAGGAUGCAAAAAUUGAUUUAGUGAAAUGGGAAGCAGAUGUUCUGAAUCGUUUUGACCAUCCAGGUACUGUGUAAUUAUUCAAAAGUCUAGCAGACUGUUUGAAACAGAUUUUAAGGACCAGUGACACCAGUCAUUUAUAUGAAAAGGGGGGGGGGGGAUGAAUUUGCCUUGAUGAAUUUUUUAAUCUGUCCAAAUACGGUGAGAAAAAUAAGCAUGGGGAUAUUCCUGAAAAAUAGUAUGUUUUGUAUACUUUCGAAUCUUCUGAAUUUUGCAUAAUCAAACCCUCAAAAUGGAAGAAAUCACAUUUCAGGGCCUGUAGACUUACAAAAUUUUCCCAGUGGAGCAUUCUUCCUAACCCCUCUAGAGAUGUAAUGGGCCAUCAACAUUUGACAAUCCCCCUACUUUUAUUACCCUGCUAUUGGAUUGCAGUGCUAUCAGAAGUUUGGUUCUUCAAGUAAUAGAAGAGGGGAUGUCUUAAAAACUAUAUGAUGCAUAAGGGGUGGCCUCUAAGAAAAUCCAUAAAAUAGAGGGGGAGGAGCCUUGAAAGUUUUGUCAAAAUUUUUAAUUUCUUCUCGACCCAUUCCCCCCCCCCUCCCCGUAAUAAAUGACCGGUCCCUUAUUUAUUUUAUACAGUUUCAGUUUAUUUAUUUUAUAUUUUUGUCCAUUGUCUUAUCAACCUCUGUGAUUUGUGGUUUGAAAUCUAAUAAACCUGUUAAAGAUUUAGUAAAAUAGAAACACCAUAAAAAUGAUAAAAACUACUAAAAGUCUAAAUUUUCGGCUCCAAACUGCAAUUUUUUUCCCAAGUUUUGUGGCAUGUUCGAAUUACCAUAAACCUCCGAUUAUAAGCCCUGGGCUAAUAUGUAAGUUCAUCAGCAUUUUUCGAUGGGCUUAUACAUGGGGGAGCUUAUAUACCUGGACUACAUCUUGUGUUAGUGAUAACCAAGUAUUUUAAUAGUUUAUUUUUUUAGUUUAAUUAUACUGUACCAGGGUCAAACUUCUCCAGAUUUAGAACCAGUGCAUAUAUAUUUAUAGGACCUUUUUUAGCAUAUAUACUGGAGGUACCAAAGCCUCACCCCUAGCCCCUAUGUUGCCCUUCCCCCAGGUGGAAAGUCCGUGCGACGGAGGUUGGCCCCUCCCCCCCCCCCGGGUAAAGGGUUUUGGUUCGCCCAGUACAAGUCCCUUUUGUCUGAAAAUGAUAGAAAAUCAUAUUAAAAUUGCAGGUAAUCAAUUUUAGGGAGGUCGGAAAUUCUAAAGUUUUUCUGGAAGAGGACCUACAGACCCCCUUAGAAUUUUUGUAUCGCCACUUCUUCCCUAUUCAUAUCUUAGUUAAGUCACUUUUCGUAGUUGGCCCUUCCACUGACAAAUCCUUAAAAAAUGCCCUGAUGUAUAUCUUUGGUACUUAUCAAAUUGUGAAUAGAAAAUUGGUCUGCAGUGUUGCUGUCAGUGAAACGAGUAUGCUAUUAUUUGUCCAACAUAGUUUAAAUAUAAUGUACAAAGACAAAGUAUACGCACUGAAAAUCCACAUGUUCAACAAUUAAAUUAUCUGAGAUUUGUUAUGAUAUUAAUUUUCAAGUUCAUUUCAUUUAUAAACCGUAGGAUUACCAUUACUGUUUGGCGCCUCUCUCGAAGAAAAGCCCUAUCGACUUGUGUUACAAUUUCAUGGAAUUGACGGGAAAUGUGUCACAUUUAAAGGAGCAGUGGAAUCAAUGCUUCAGGUUGACUGGGUCAGAAUUUGCAAAGAAGCUGCCGAUGCGCUUGAUUUUAUGCACAAGAAAGGAUUUCUGCAUAACGAUCUCAAAGGCGAUAACGUUUUGCUAUCCAACGAUAAUAAUGCUAUUCACCCGGUCAUCAUUGAUUUCGGUAAGUGUCGUAGCAUAACUAAUCCUAAGAGGUAUUCUUUAAGAGCUAAAGAGCAAAGAAAGUAUUCCAAGUAUCACCGCCACAUUGCACCCGAACUGAUAGAAGGCACACAUCCACAAUCGUGUGAAUCAGAUAUAUAUUCGUAUGGCUAUCUUUUGACCCAGAUCACACGGUCAAUUACAAAAAACCAUACGGUACUUGAUAACAUUUCAAUAGCAUGCGUGCGUAGAAAUCCUUUGAAAAGACCAACAUUAUCCGACAUAAUCCUUAAGUUAAAGUAG